CAAUCCCGCAGCUUUGCUGUGGCUGGCAGCGCCCGUGCGGCUGUGAGUGUGAUCCUUUCUCGCAUUUAUGCCCGUUAGGUCUGAACGAUGGUAACAGCGCCGUACGCUGCGGUAUGGCAUUGUCCGGAUUUAUCACUUUCUUGGCAAUCGGGACAAGUUGUUUAAAUAAUGGUCAUGACAUACUACUGCUUCGCGAUGUACAGCGCCAUUAACAACUGAAGGUCAUCAAUAAGUGUUUAGUGGAAAAUGAAGUACAACAGGGUAACAUCUUGACGAUUUUCUGAUGAUUUGAACGGAAAGUAAUGCACACAGAAGCCUCCCAAGCUGUCAUCAUGGAACAAGUGAAGUCUAGGGGAGCAGAGAGCCCCCGUCUUGCUUCACUACGCCAGUCUGAUGCAAUUGGAAGUCAUUCAGAGGCAGAGGAAGUUGGAGUGGAGAAACGAAAAAAACGGAAAAAGGAGCCAAGGCCAGAAUCCAUUAUUGUGUAUCGCUCAGAGGUUGAGAUGGUGUCAAAUGAAGAGCCAGGGAAAGAAGACACAGAAAAGAGUGGGGAUGAGGCGGCCAAGUUCUUGAGCACUCCAACCGGAGAAGGAAACUGGAAUCCUCCACUGGACAGCCGUUAUGUUACACUAACUGGGACAAUAACACGUGGGAAGAAGAAGGGUCAGAUGGUGGAUAUUCAUGUGACUUUGACAGAGAAGGAGCUUCAAGAGCUAGCAAAGUCCAAAGAGCCCCUCCAGACAGAAACAGACAAUGAGAUGGCAGAGAAAAGAAAGCAGGCCUGCCAGAUGGGGGUCAGCAAGGGUCCCCACGUUGUCCUCUGGAGCCUGUCUUGUGCUCCUGUGGUGUUUAUGCUUUCCUUUGUAAUGUCCUUCUACUAUGGGACUAUCACCUGGUAUAAUAUUUUCUUGGUUUACAAUGAGGAACGAACGUUUUGGCACAAAAUAACCAUUUGCCCCUUUCUUAUCAUCUUUUACCCAAUUAUCAUUGUGGUAAUAUCUCUGUCUCUUGGUCUAUAUACUGCCAUCACACAGGUUUCAUGGGCUUUUGCAGAAUGGUGGAUUGCUGUCCGUGAUCUAGAGAAAGGCUUCUGUGGCUGGAUUUGCAGUAAGCUUGGCCUGGAAGACUGCUCUCCCUACAGUAUAGUAGAGCUUCUAGACUCAGAUACCCUCUCGGGCAGCAUUCCAGGCAAAGGGGGUCCAGUUCAGGAGCUUGAAACAUCUGCAGUUUGAAAUUUUCUACAUUGAUAGUUUACUGUAGGAAACCUUAAUAAUUGCUUUUGCUAUCUUCACUGCGACUUUCCAUUUUAAUACAAAGUAAUUCAUAUUUCAAUAAAUAUUGCUUAUUCUCUCUGAUGUAUAAUAUUGCUGAUUCCAGAAUCUGUGGCCUUCUCAAACAAUGGUGCUGCCAUUUAAUGUAAAAGUCGCCAUUUGGUAGAUUUGUUUUAUAUGGUCAAGAAAGGGUCUCAUUAAGUGUGGGUCUUUCUUUUUGUAAAAAGACUAAUUUAAAUGUUUUCUAUAGAUAAAUUAGCAUUGAGAAUGCCAAACCAACAUCAGCUAAGGAAUGCUUUGAUAAGAAGUAAGUAAAUAUGUAAGUAAGAUUUCUUUACCUGCAUGGGAGGUCAGCUAAUAAAUGGUUUUCUUUACAAUAGAAGUGGACAGUGUAAAUGAAGUAGGAGAAAAAUAUAUGGCACAUACUUGUCAAGGAUCACUGCGUAAGAUACCGACUGUGGCUUUCAGACGUCUCUUGGAUCCAUUCAUCAUUGGAGAGUAUUUGGAGAUGCAUUGUAUUUUCCAUGGUCUGAGAGUAUGAUCUAUGAAGAAACUAACAAACAUAUUAAAAUGAUAAAUAUAAUUUC